AUGACCGCUAUCUAUAGGCUAGAAAAUAAAAUAUUACCCGAUUUGUGAUUUUUAAAACCACGCGUAAUCGCGUUCGCGUCUCGUCGUGCGGUGAAUAAAAGAAUCAUGUCUGCGAGCGUAUCGCAUACGGAGAAAGAAUUAGAUUUGAGUAAUGCUGGCAGAGGUGUCUGGCUCGUGAAAGUGCCGAAAUACAUAGCAAAUAAAUGGGAGAAAGCACCCGGAAAUAUUGAAGUCGGAAAAUUGAAAAUAACCAAAAACCCUGGUCAAAAGGCAGAAGUAUCUCUCAGGCUGUCAGAAGCUGUUUUAGCGUUGAAAGAACCUGAAGAAGAAGAGAUUCCAAAACAGCACAGAUUAGACGUAACGACAGUAACGAAACAAAUGUUGGGAGUCUUUUCUCAUGUUACACCUUCUAGUAGUUCGGAUUCGAUAGUUCCUGAAACUGAGAAACUUUAUAUGGAAGGAAGAAUUGUACAAAAGUUGGAAUGUAGGCCUUAUGCUGAUAAUUGUUAUAUGAAAUUGAAACUGCAAAGCAUUAAAAGAGCCUCCGUGCCGCAGAGGCAAGUUCAACAAUUGGACAGGGUGGUGCAAAAUUUCAAACCUGUAUCCGAUCAUAAACACAAUAUUGAAUAUGCGGAAAAGAAGAAGGCAGAGGGUAAAAAGAUGAGGGAUGACAAGGAUGCAGUGUUGGAUAUGUUGUUUGCUGCGUUCGAGAAACAUCAGUAUUAUAAUAUUAGAGAUCUAGUGAAAAUUACUAGGCAACCUAUCGUGUAUUUAAAGGAAAUAUUGAAUGAAGUUUGUAAUUAUAAUCUUAAAAAUCCUCAUCGUAAUAUGUGGGAAUUGAAACCUGAAUAUCGACAUUACAAGGAGGAAGAAAAGCCCGAAUCUACUCAGAAAAAAGCUGACGAAUCUGACGAUGAUUAGCCAAAUUCACACUAGAUUUGUGCGUGUACAUACACAUUUUUUUAUUGGUUUGUAUAAAGGGAUCGCAAUUAAAUGAUUGUUUUCUUUGUCUA